UUGAGGUGGGGGAGGCGCGGGGGAGGGGUGCACGAACUGGGAGGGGGAGGGGAAUCUGUCGGGGGCCGGGGGGCACUAGAUGGGACAGGGGUCUAUAGAGUCUUGGGAAUGAGGUCAGGGGAAGGGUGGGGAGAGCAUCGCCGCAGCCGCCUGGCUGAAAUUGGGAGCGGGAGGUGGCGCUUGCCCUGCGGAGUCAGGCUUAAGGGGGGCGGGGGGAGGGGGAGGAGGAAGAAGAAGAGGGAGCCUCCGAGGGGACACGUCCUCCCUGCCCGUGCCGAGCUUUCUUUCUGGGGCCCCGUUGAUGCCCCCUAGCCAGGAGGUCUGAGGAGUAGAGGAAGGUGGGUCUGGGCAGCAGUGCUUGGCAAGGGCAAGGAAGAAUGAGGGUUUGUCCUUGGAGAGCCUGGGCGGCGCCCCCCACCACCGCUAAAGUUGGGCCAGGUCCUCGCCCCAGGGGGAGCUGGGGGAAGGGAGAAGGAGGGGUUGCUCCUUUUAUCUCCUCCCUCCCCUUUUCCCUGUGGGGGUAGGGGCUGGCUACAUUCUGUAGCUCUCACGUGGGCUUCUCGUGCCCCUCGCGAGGAGGGAGGGGAGAUGUCCCCUCACGCUGGACGGGACGAGCCUGGCCGGCCGGUGCUGUAGCUAAAGGCCAGGGACGGGGCCGCCCAUAUCACGCGCGGCACUGUGGGCUGGUAAAAUGCUCUGGACGUGCCUACACGCCCCCUUUCCCCCCACCUCGGGUGGGGAGGGGGCUGAGUGUGCUGUUUACCGGAGGGUUUCCCGGGGAACCUGCCCAUUGGCCGGAGACUUGGAGAGGAGGAGGAGAAGGCUCUAGUCCGUCGUCCAUCGUCCAUCCCUGCGGCAAUUCCACCCUCUGGGGGGUGGGGGGACGAGGGGGCGGUGGAGCCUACUCAGAUCCGCCUCUUUCAUUGAUGAAAUUUAAAUUCGAGGGGUUUUACCUUUAACUUGGGUGUCCAGCUGGCUUUCACUUAGGUCUGGAGCGCUCUGGAAGGCUGUACUCGAAAACCGGACUCCAUCCCACUGACUUGCCUUUUUUUUUUGAGUGGAAAAGGAGUAAUUCCCCCUGGUGUAAUUCCUUCAUUUUUUUUUCUUGAUUUUCUAAAAAAAAAGUGCUACUUUAUUGCUCAGAAUUAACAUUCCUCUUAAGUUGUCAUCCGUGGAUGGAAGGACCACGUCGAGUUAAGCAGGAGAGGAAGAAAGACCUGCCCUAGAGUGUGACUUGUUAAAAAAAAAUUAUCUCUUUAUAUAUAAUUAUAUUUAUACUACAGAGUAUUUAUUUUAUUAAGCCCCCAAAAUGUCGAUAUUUGUACAAGAUCUUCGCAAAGCAAUGUCUCAAGGUGGUACUUCCCAGUUCCAAGAAGUCAUCCGACAAGAGCUGGAAUUAUCAGUGAAGAAGGAACUAGAGAAAAUACUUUCAACUGCACCACAAAAUGAAUCUGAGCAUACUAAAAAAGACCUUGAAGGAUUUCGGAAAUUAUUCCAUAGAUUCUUACAAGAAAAGGGACCUUCCGUGGAUUGGGGGAAAAUCCAAAGGCCUCCAGAGGAUUCGAUUCAACCUUAUGAGAAGAUAAAGGCCAGAGGCUUACCUGAUAAUAUAUCUUCUGUCCUGAAUAAGUUGGUAGUAGUAAAACUCAAUGGUGGUUUGGGAACUAGCAUGGGUUGUAAAGGUCCCAAAAGUCUGAUUGGUGUGCGGAAUGAAAAUACUUUUUUGGAUCUGACAGUUCAACAAAUUGAGCACUUGAACAAAACCUACAAUACAGAUGUUCCUCUUGUUUUGAUGAACUCUUUUAACACUGAUGAAGAUACAAAAAAAAUACUUCAGAAGUACAAUCAUUGCCGUGUGAAAAUCUACACUUUUAAUCAAAGCAGGUACCCUAGAAUUAAUAAGGAAUCUUUACUGCCUGUAGCAAAGGAUGUGUCUUACUCAGGGGAAAAUACAGAAGCUUGGUAUCCUCCAGGUCAUGGUGACAUUUAUGCCAGUUUCUACAAUUCUGGUUUGCUUGAUACUCUUAUAGGAGAGGGAAAGGAAUACAUUUUUGUGUCCAACAUAGAUAAUUUGGGUGCUACGGUGGAUCUGUAUAUUCUUAACCAUCUUAUGAAUCCACCCAAUGGAAAACGCUGUGAAUUUGUUAUGGAAGUCACAAACAAAACAAGGGCAGAUGUAAAGGGUGGUACCCUCACACAAUAUGAAGGCAAACUGAGAUUGGUGGAAAUUGCUCAAGUGCCAAAAGCCCACGUUGACGAAUUCAAAUCUGUAUCAAAAUUCAAAAUAUUUAACACAAACAACCUGUGGAUCUCGCUAGCAGCAGUCAAGAGACUGCAGGAGCAAAAUGCCAUUGAUAUGGAAAUCAUUGUCAAUCCAAAGACAUUGGAUGGAGGUCUAAAUGUUAUUCAGUUGGAGACUGCAGUUGGAGCUGCUAUUAAAAGUUUUGAGAAUUCUCUUGGCAUUAAUGUUCCCCGAAGCCGUUUUCUUCCUGUUAAAACCACAUCUGAUCUUCUACUUGUGAUGUCAAACCUCUACAGCCUUAACGCAGGAUCUUUAACAAUGAGUGAAAAGAGAGAAUUUCCUACUGUACCCUUGGUAAAAUUAGGAAGCUCUUUUACAAAGGUCCAAGAUUACCUAAGGAGGUUUGAAAGUAUACCUGAUAUGCUUGAACUGGAUCAUCUUACAGUGUCUGGAGAUGUGACAUUUGGCAAAAACGUCUCAUUAAAGGGAACGGUUAUCAUCAUAGCAAACCAUGGUGACAGAAUUGAUAUCCCUCCUGGAGCUGUGUUAGAGAAUAAAAUUGUAUCUGGUAACCUUCGGAUCUUGGACCACUGAAGACAAAAAAUGUUGUGUAUGCUUUAUUGAUUAUGAGCUAAAUUGUUUUACACAAAUGGAAUGUUCAGUAAGUUUUGGGAAGAGGCAGGUGCUUUAUCCACUAUUUCACUGUACCCUGAAGUAUUAAUUUUUAAAGUAGUUUUCUGCAGUAUGCUCUUUAAAAGCACAGAUGGACAUUUGAAAGCAAUACUACUUCUUUGAAGAGAUGUAUGUCAUUAACUUUAAGUGCAAUAUUGCUGGUCUUAACAAGGGAAUGGCUGACCUGCUGGAAGAUCUUUUACCAGAAGCCUGCCUAUUUCCAGUCAUUUUGAACUGCUUGUAAUUUAAAAAUAAAGCUGUGAAGCAAUAUAUAUGUGGCACAUUUAUAAUUUUUCAAUUUUAUCAUUUUUAUGAUGUAAUCUUUCACUAUUACAGAAUAUUUAAAAAAAGAUUGGGAAGGCUUGAAAUUGUGGUACUUAAUUUUUGCAACUAUGAGAAUCUUGUAUUGGCUAUAUCUAUAUACAAAAUGGAUUAAUACCUCAUCUUGUUCCAUUGUAAGGAUGUAGAUUAGUCAGUUUUAUUUCUUUCCAAAGAAUGUUUGUUCUAGCAUGUGUGUGUGCACACACAUUUUGCUUGGUGGGAAUUGGUCACUAGAAUGGAUUUCCUUUUUGUCUUUCCCUUACUCCCCCCUCUCCCUCUUUGUAGGGAGUUGAUGAAUAAAAAGAAUAAGUGAUGUUUUCCUCUUAUUCCCUUCUUUUUGUUGUAUCCUUCCUUUAUGGUUUGGGGCUCCCUCCCCCCAGAUCAUAUACCCUGAAGCAAUCUUCAGAGAAAAGAGAUUAAUCAAAUUUCUUGGAAUGGCCAAAUAAAUAAAGUUCAUAAAGAGCAUUGCAAA